UCUGGUCAUUCACGACGGUCACCGCCUCAUGCGCGGCACCGAGUCCCCUCCAACCCGGUGCAGACCGAUCUUCGGCAACAUAUAGAACGAAAUCGGGCUCGUCACGAGUCAUCCGAACUUGAAACAUUGCGACGAAGAAUUGCCGAAUUGGAAAGUCGGCAACGAGCACCCGAAGAACCCCCUCAGCGGGCCUCAACCUCAGCGCAAGUAUAUCUGGAAGCCGACUCCCCUCUCACGCCGGAGCUUACGUCGGAACCAGUACCUGGGAAAGUUAAAGUCCCUCAAAUUUGGCUAUAUGAUGGAACUUCGGACCCUGAUUCGCACCUCGGUCAUUAUACUUCGUGGAUGGAUCUGCAUGGGGCCUCGGACGCACUCCGGUGUCGUAUGUUUUCUCUCACAUUGGGACCUCGGGCCCAAAAAUGGUACCAUUCUCUUCCUCCUCACUCUAUUUGGAAGUGGCAACAAUUGAGGUCGGCGUUCCGAUCACAUUUCAUCGGGGCCCAAGUCUGCCUAAUUCCAAAAGAAUCUCUUGCAAAUGUAACCCAAAAAGAUGAUGAAAGUGUCAAGGACUAUAUCGCCCGAUUUAACGACCGAGUCCGGAAUAUGGAGCCUUGUCAUCCCGAAACCCUGCUUGUCAUGGCUAUUGCCGGGUUGAAACCGAACUCGAUUUUCCGCUGGACGUUGUGCCAAAAUAAGCCAAACACCUUUCAAGAAUUUUUCGCUCGGGCUCA